CACGAACAGCUACGGAACUGCAAUCCAACAUGGCCGACUAACAUGGACGAAAAUGACCUUUAAGCGUCUCACUCCACCAAUGAACUUGAAAAGUUACGGAUAAUUUCAGUCUGCUUAAACCAUGAUACCACCAUAUACAACCGAGGCACCGGGUAAUUCGACUCUGAAGGUCAUGUUCGGUUUGGGAUCUGCCCCUCCUAAACAUGAUCCACCCGCCUCGAUGGAACCAUACGAUCUUGGAAGAGACGGGGAUUUGGGUGCUCUCAGUAACGCCCAACAAGGGGCGACAAAUAAACUUAAGACUCAAACACGGUUAAGUAAUGAACAGUAUUUGCGGCAACACCCGGAAGUGAAGUAUAUGGUGACAGCAUUUUUGAGGGAUAUAUUGACUAAACAGCCUGAAAAUGCCCGGGAACACUUCGCUGGUAAGUGGAUUAAAAAAACAUACAUUUUCAGACUUUUUCACCAACCCAGACCUUUUAAAAAACAUCAAGACAGUCGAAAAAGAGUAUUCGGAGAUGUAUCACGAUGAUGGCGUCAUACGUUCUCUUGCUAGAGAAGAUCUUGAUUCGGAGGUUUAAUCGUAUAGUUUCUAAAAAGAAACAACAGAAUUUCAUAUAACUGGAAUCUAGGAGUUCUGUAAAUACGAUUGUAAUUAUAAUCUGUAUUGAUCUCAAAUAUACACCUUUCCCCACGACACUAUAUUGUCGUCAAACUGCAAAGUAGUAGUCAAGAAUUCCAAGUGUAAUAGAUGUUACAAAGAAUAAUUUGGACUGUAUCUCACUAAUAUGUUGGACAAAGUGUUGAGAUGUAAUAUUUUAUGAAAAUAAAAUUGAUUCUUUUCAGG